AUUCGGGAAGAAGAAACACGAAAUCCCCCCGCGCUUGGAGUUUGUUUACAUUCCGUGAGGAUUGAGCUGACUUCAGAUUUCAAUAAAUGACAGUUUCAGAGAUGGCAGGUCCAGCGGAUCACAGUGACAGCGCGUCCGGUUCUGCUCUUCAGGCUGUGUUUGAACAGCUGCGGUCCGCUCACACUCUCUCCCUGACCCUCGCCAGGCCGCUGUGCCUGGCUGUCGUCGCUCUGGACCGGUACUUGAGCUUACAACAUCCCUCCGGUGAGAGCUACAGCUACGACCUGACGAUCACGGACGGCCGAUGGAGGAUGAAGUGUCAGCUGGCGGACAGUCUGACCCGCUGGGUCCGGACGGGUUCGCUGCGCUGCGGGGCGGGGGUCCUGGUGUCCCUGCUGUCGUUGGUUCACGAUGAGACGAGACUGAGUCACAGUUACCUGAGGAUAGACGGGAUUCACGGCGUCGUGGAGCUUCCUGAGAGAUUUCUGUCUAUUAAAGACGUUGAGACAAUUCCGCAGUGGUGCCAGGACUAUGUGACCCGAUCCGAUGGACCCCUGCAGCUGAGCAGAAAAUAUUAUUUACCACUGUGGAUAAACGAUGAUCCUUUUGGGAGCGUGUGGAUUCCUAACAACCCACCUCCAGACGUGGUUAUUGAUGUCUCUAGAAUCACUCUUCUUGCGGAUCUGGAUGCAUUCUUUCACAGCUCCAGACGUCCUCUCCCACUACUGGUCCGAAUUCUGCAUAGAUCCAGAAUCCGGUACUAUGGAAAACCAGGACAGAACAUUGACUUCCCAUUUCAGGUGUACUGUGAGGUGGCUGAUCAGAGUGGCGUCAUGUCUAUGGUUGUAUGGAAUGAUCUUUGUCCUGAGUGGUUCAAGCGACUGACAGUCGGCUCAGUUCUAUAUCUGCAGCAGUACUCGUUGAAACACAGUUAUCAGAAGCGCUCUAGACCACAGAUCCACACACUCUCUCUUAUGACUUUCCACUCUAUUGAGAUCUGCUUAAAUCCUCGAAGUCCUGCAUCUGUAGUGACGGUAAUUCCACCAAAAAGUGUUCAGCCUCAGUGGGGUCUGCCUGAUGUCCCAUACAACUUUGCCACAAGGUCAGAGGUGGACUCAAUGAACAGUAACCAAGCCUGUGAUGUCAUUGGUCUAGUGACUUAUGUGGGCCGGGUUGAGCGAAUCAGGAGCAAGGAAAAGACAGGACCUGAAAAGUUUUGGGCGUAUCGCUGGGUACAUGCAGUGGAUGGGACAACUGACUCUCCCUUUAUCCUUGAGAUCUUCUCCUCAUCCCAGCCAGAGAUUUUCAACAACAUCUGUCCUAUGACGUAUCUGGUGUGCACUCAGAUGAGGGUGUGUCAGACAGGCUGUUCUGUGUAUCUGACCAGUAGCACAGAAACACAGCUCUUCAUCACGGGCUGCCAUAAAAAGCAGCCCUACGUCAAUGAGCCAAAAGUUAAAGCGUUCAUCCAGUGGACCAAGACACUGAAGGACAGUGUCAUGCUGCGGAGGACUGCAGUUGGAGGACAUUACCGCUACCCUCCUGCCCCACCCACCUUCACACCAACCACCACCAAUAGCAACAUGACCAAUGAGUUUUCUAUAACAGCAGUGGCUGAGCUGAAGGGGGAGCUGGAGAGUCUGCAGUACAGGGAGCACAGGAGAGUGGCUGUACAGGGUCACGUGGCUGCUGUGCAGUUCCACAUCUGGCCACCACACAGCCAUCGGCAGCAGGAGGGUGUCUCAGUACGAGGGGUCAGCAACACUGUAGCUGCCAUUCAUUCCUCCACAAAGGAUGAGAUGACUCUGUCACAGAGAGAAACAGAUUCAACCUCACCUGAUUCGGAUAUUACAGUCUCACCCAAACGUAGGAGAGUGCAGACAGGCUCUAGAGUGCAUUGUCAGUAUUUCACCAGAUCCAAAAUGCAGUCCAACAGGUACAAUGCAGGUAUGCAGGUGGCCUUUACCUCUCAUGAAGAGGAAGAAGAACAACAACAGGAUGAAGGGGAGUUGGAGUCAGACGAAUCUGAGGAGACUGACCAGACAUCGCAAGUCCCAGAUGUACAGCAAGCUGCUAGCCACCCCAUUGCAUUAUGGGAGAGCAGAGUCUGGCCGUUAGUGAAACAGCAAGUGGCAGAUCACAUUUGCUGUGGCAGACUCGAUCAGGAAAGUAUUCCUGAAAAAUUCCACUUUGACGACAGAGAAGUUCUACUACAUGACCUCAACCUGAGCCCAGCGAGAUGGAACCCCGAUCUGACCUCACAGACACACACGCACACACCUGUGGCCUGCCCCGGUUACUUCAUGCUCACAGUUCUGGGGCUGAAUCAAACGGCUGCAGUAGAUGUUCUGUUUGUGCCCGUCGCCUCAUCUGAUGACCCCAGAGCUGCUGGAGUGCCACACACUCAGCAUGACAACUCACUGCUGUCCUGCAUUUCAUCAGGACGUCUGUGUGUUCGGCCAGACGGCAGCUUUCCCGCACCAGGUUCGUUGAUGAGUUCUGCCCCUACACUGGAGUCAGAGCGUGUGGUGUGUAUUGUUGAUCUGUGUCUGCUUGGAGAAGGCAGGGUGGAAAUGAUCUGCUCUAAACUCUACAGGACAGCGGACAUCUGCCAGCCCAACAGCACUCAAUGAGAGGACACGUCUAACAAAAAAAAAUCAAUCAUGCAAAAGA